AUAGAAGUGUGGAGGUGUCCUUUCUGCAGCAUGAGCAGCAUGGUUCAGGAGAUCUUGGCCUUCGUUUUAACCACUUCUGGGUGGGUGCUGGUGUCUUCCACCUUGCCGACAGAGUACUGGAAGGUGUCUUCAAUUGAUGGAUCAGUCAUCACCACAGUUACCUUCUGGUCCAAUCUGUGGAAGACAUGUGUCACUGAUUCAACUGGAGUCACCAGCUGCAAAGAGUUUCCCUCGUUGCUGGCAUUGGAUGGCUACAUCCAAGCAUGCAGGGGACUGAUGAUUGCAGCCGUUUGUCUGGGGUUUUUCGGUUCUAUAGUUGCCCUUGUUGGAAUGAAAUGCACCAAAAUUGGAGGAACUGACAAAAAUAAAGCCAACAUUGCCUGCUUUGCCGGUGUCAUUUUCAUUCUUAGUGGCAUCUGCUCACUCUCAUCGUGCUCCCUCUAUGCACACCGGAUAACAUCAGAAUUUUUCGACCCAAUGUUUUUAGCACAGAAGUUUGAACUGGGAGCUGCUCUCUUUAUUGGCUGGGCAGGUUCUAUACUCUGUUUGCUUGGAGGCAUCAUGUUUUGUUUCUCCAUCGCAGAUUCUUUUACCAAAAGCCACAGUCAGGCAAACUAUAUCUACAAAGGUGCUGCUUCGCAUUCUCAUAUCUCCUCCUACCCGAGAGGGCAGGCAAAGUCUGUAAACCAGAGGCCGCCUCCAGACUACAACAACUCCUCCAGGACGCAGCACUUUGAUAAGAAUGCAUAUGUGUGAGGGAUGUCAAUAUAAAACACUUUCAGUUGAGGCCACUGGUGAGUCUUAAAACAUAUACUGUAUACUAAGCCUAAAAGAUAUAGCACACUGUAUAAAACUUGGAGGUUUCUGUUUAACAGCAGCAGAAGUUUCUGAUCUGAUCUGUGGCUCACCAGGAAUUAAAAUUUACAUGUGUCUUCCAGGGGUACAAAUUUAAAGUUGUAUGACACAGUUUACUCUCUGAUCUUGGGGAAUUAUAUUUUCUGUAAAGCAGACAACUUCUGUUUGUGUGUUAUACAUAUUAAUGUUCAUGGGAUGUUGGGAUUAAUUUAAUAAACAGAAAAAAUAAAACAUUUGGUCCAAAAUGGACUUUUCUAAAA